CCUGGGUGAUACAUAUCGUUCCAGGUUAAAUUUCAAGUGCGUUCCUCGUCAUGUUUGUCCAAAACGGAUAUUUGAUGGUCUUGAUCCUGGCGCUCGGACAAGUUUCGGGCCAAAGUGACCGCGACUGGCUGACCUCAACCAACAGCCUACACAAAACUCGCCCCUCGAGCACCUCUUACGAGAACAUGCCUCAAACCAUCACCGACUUUGGCGAGGUGUUCAACGCUUUCCAAGUGAUGGCUCGAACGGCCAUGAAACAUUUGGUUGAGGGGUUCUUGCCUAGUUUGCGCGAGGCCGUUUCGCGGGCCAAACGUGAGGCUCAGGAGGACGAGCAAGACUACUUGGAUGCGCUCGUGACGGGCAUGGGGGCCAUGAUGGAUCGGCAACGUUGUCGGCAACGAGUCACUUGUAAUGCGGGCAAGAUCCUCCAGACGAGUGUUCCAGGAUCCCAGGUCAUGGUCAUGCUCAUGGAGGCUGUUGUUCCCACCAGCUGGAUGGAUUGGUACUCGACAGUGAAGACGUCGGUCAUUGAUCGGUCGGAUAAUUGCUUCGAAAACUACGAGUGCGACUUGCUGGAAAAUCAAACCGAAAAGCGGCGUAGCUCUGCCUCAAAUCGACCAUGAACUAUCAAGUAGCCAUAUUUCCUUGACUCUUCAAAGGAAGCUUUUAAUGGUUUCAAACUUUCUUAUAUGACUGAUAUUCAUGAAUAAAGAGUUCAUGCUCUUCCCUUAUCCUAACAAA